AUGGAAUCAGUAACAACAGAGGAAGGUGAAGUCACCUACGGAGAGGUCGACGACCUCUCUACAAUUGAUUUUGCCAACCCGGUCCAAAGAAGAAUGAAUCGCGCCAUGACCUACACAGUGGCUGUAAAACCUUUAGGACGUGAAUUCCCUUAUUGUUUGCUUCAUAAACGUCUGAAGGACAUGUGGCAACCAAAAGGGGAAAUUUUCCCAUCGGAUGUUAUCGAAGGUUACCAUAUGUUCCGACUGUCAAACGUGGAGGACUACAAUCAUGUCCUGCUUAACGGUCCCUGGUCAAUCAAGGAGCACUAUAUCACGGUCCUCCCUUGGACCCCAAAUUUUGACCCCACGGGCGAAAAUCUAUCAGCAGUACCCACUUGGAUUCGGAUACCGGGUCUCCCGUUAAAAUAUUUUCACGAAGCUCUAUUGAAGGAUAUCACAAAGCCCAUGGGAAGAUUCAUUAAAGGAGACAGAAAUACAAUCACCGCCGAAAGAGGUCGUUAUGCCAGAGUUGCUGUCGAAUUGGAUCUGUCCAAACCCCUCAAAGGUAAACUCAGAAUUGACGGAAAAACGUAUAACAUCGAGUAUGAAGACUUGAGGCAAAUUUGUUUCCACUGUGGAAAAUACGGCCACGUCAUCCAGAGCUGCCCAACAGCCCCACCACCACCACCGUCCCACGAGGAGGCUCAUCUCCUGAUGCAACACCAGCAGACCUCCCACCUGGGGGAAUGGAAUUACGCUCAAAAGAAAAUCAGGCGACCGUACACCCCGGCAAAGAAACAGACUUUCAUCUUCGGCCAAUCGAAGUUCUCACCACUGUUGGAAUUGGAAUCGAAGUCUGCCCAUGAAGGCACCGGCGAUGUCCCCGAUAAAACAACCACAGGUACCCAAAAUGAUAAAUUUCCAACGAAUACCACUGGUCAAACUCACCUUGCAGGUAAUACCUACAAGCCCAAAAGCAGCCCAAGCACAGGGAAAGGUAAGAACCACGGCCCAGCACCCAAAGCCAGCAAAAGAAAAUCCGAUGCCGCACCAACGGACCCUACAUGGUCCAAGAAAACCUCACCAGCUACCAACCAACCCAACCUUGAAAACCAGCACAAUAACCAAGUGGGUCAGCACCAACCUGGUCCCUCCUCCGGCCCAAAACCACAGCAAAGAACUAGUUAA